AUGGCGGCUGGCACGGAGGGUGGCACGCAGUUGCAACAGCUCUUAGAGACAUCUGCAAGAUCAUCUCCUGAAAAAACCGCCAUCAGAACAGACGGAGGUGACGUAAGCUAUUCCGAGUUAUGUGCAUUGGUGGGACGAGUGGCUGGUGCUUUGACAGGCUCAGGCGUUGACAAGAUGGAUCGAGUCGCGUGGCUCUUGCCAAACCUUAUUGAAGCUGUCGCUUGCUCCUUUGCCUGCUACAGUGUAGGCGCUGUGUCAGUGCCAAUCAAUGUCCGGUACUCGUCUGAGGAGGCUGCCUACAUGGUCAACAAGGUGCAAGCCAAAGUUCUGUUCCUACAGGCCGACAAGUUGGAUGUACUGCGCAAGUUGUCCUGUCCAGUACAAGUUGUUGUGCUUGGGGCGGCACGCGGGCAGCACAGAAGUUGGGAAGAGUUCUUGCAGACGAAGGCGCGGGCCUGUUUUCAGCCUGUCAGCGCGCAACAUCCUGCUUUGAUCCUCUUCACGUCAGGCUCCACAGGCCACCCCAAAGGAGUUUUGCAUUCUCAUGGAACUUGCUGGGCAGCCAUCGACACUUCAGCAAGAAGCUUCCGACUUGGGAGCGAUGAUGUCGUGUUGGUUGGGAAGGCCAUCUGCCAUGCAGGUGGGCUUCAAACACAACUCCUCCCAACCUUGCUUGUGGGAGGUGAGGUGGUCCUGACGAUGGUCCCACCACCAGCAAAAGCAGUGGACCUCAUCCAGAACUUCGGCGUGACAGUCUAUGCAAUGCUUGCGAGCUUCCUGCUGGACUUCGUGGAGCAUCUGGAGACGACCCGGCAGGAGGUCCCAAGCUUGAAGAAGGUCAUCGGCUCUGGUGACUGCGUUCCGCUCCCGCUCCAAGCGAGAUUUCACAAGCUGUUUGGCUGGCCGGUCCUGGAAGGUUGUGGCAUCACUGAAAUUGGGGGCUACUUCGCCCUGCAGCCAAUUGGCAAGGAGAAGCCCGGCUCGAUCGGCAUCCCGACUCCCGGCACAGAAGUUCGGCUGGUUGAUGAGGAGGGCAAGGAUGUUGCUGUAGGUUUGCCUGGGGAGGUCUUGCUAAAGACGCCUUCGGCUGCUCUCGGAUAUUGGGACGAUCCCGAGGCAUCCUCUUUGCUUUUCAGAGACGGCUGGCUCCGAACGGGCGAUGUUGCCCGGGAGGAUGAGGAUGGCUUCCUUUGGUUUGUGGGUCGCCGCAAGCUCAUUAUUGUUCGUCGUGGCUCCAAUAUCGCCCCUGCGGCAGUCGAGAGAGCCUUAGCCACACAUCCAGAAGUGCAAUCGUCGGUCGUUGUGGGGGUGUCGGAUGCCCUGGACGGUCAGGUCCCUGUUGCAUGGAUUUUGGCCAAGAAUCCUUCUUGCCCUCCCACAAGUACAUCCCUGGCGGAGCACAUGUCCAAGCGUUUGGCCUCUUUCGAACUUCCGGUGCUUUAUCUGUUCUUGGACGCAAUGCCACUCAACAGCGUCGGGAAGUUCGAUCGGGCGGAGUUACAGCGUGCCGCCCAGGACAAGCGUGAUAUCCUGCUGCAUGCAAAGCGUGCAGGUGCAUAA